CGCUUUACUUCCUACCACCAUCGUCUCUGCUCCCCUUCCUCCCCAGCCUACUGCUGAAGCGUUUGCAUCCCGAAUACCUGAAAAUCAUCUCGGAGUCUCCCCUGCACCGCGAUCGGCAUCGGCACGGGCCUCAUUCACGCGCCCCGCGCCGUCCUUGACCAGCGAUGGCUACAGUAAGCCCUCCGGAAACUCCCAACACCCGCGCAGUCGUGUCCUUCAUUGGAAGCUCCGCCUCCGAAUGGCGCCCCAUCCUCCAGCACGACAACCAGAUCGUGCUCUACCACCCGCGGUCUCACGCCCUGUCCAUACGCCCUUCAGUCGACCUCGCCGCGCAACGAUGUCCGUACUGCAGACAGGAGCUUCCGGAGGGCUUUGAGCCGCUGGUGCAGGAGCACCAUGACCUGGAGGCGGAUGAGCAUGAGCGAUUUGUGUCCGCGGACGGCGCAGAGGAUGGGCAGACGGCGCGCGCGCCCAAUUACUUUGAGUUGCUCAGCAUCGCGAAUGCGGAGUCUACGUCCAGCGUUGGGUCGGCGCUGUCAGAUGGCGUUCCCGAGGAUGAGGACGAACCUGGGGCGAGUGUGUUCCCGAAAGAGGCGAUGGCAGAGGGCUACUUCAAGACAUUCUUCCAGGAGGAAGAGAAGCUGGGGAUGGGUGCAAAUGGGAGUGUCUAUCUAUGUCAGCAUAUGCUAGAUGGGAAUCCCCUGGGUCACUUCGCCGUCAAGAAGAUUGCGGUCGGUGAAUCUCACGAGUACCUCCUCAAGACUCUCCGAGAGAUUCGUUUGCUUGAGCAGCUGCACCAUCCGAACAUCAUCACAUACCAUCACUCAUGGCUAGAGACCGCCCAAUUCUCCCCCUUCGGUCCCCGAAUACCAACACUCCACGUCCUAAUGCAAUGGGCAGAAGGCGGCAGCUUGGACGACCUCAUCGACCUCCGACAGGGCAAAGCCGUCAAACACGUCCACUUCCACCCUGUAUCCUCCCCUGCAGAUGUAUUCUCCGCAGUUCAGGAUCCCGCAUCCGAAGAGCCCGUCGAGGAGUUCGACGUCAGCAGAAUGUCGCGCGCGGCGCGCAUUAAGGCGUUCCGUGCAUUCCAGCGUGCAGCUCCGGAUGAGCGCGAGCGUAUCAAGGCGCGCAUGGGGAUGGGGGAUAAGAGAAGGAGGGAAGCGGCGUGGAAAGCCAUCCACCUGCUCAGCGCGGAGGAGGUGAAGAGUCUAUUUGGGGAUGUGGUGGAGGGUCUGGCGUUCUUGCAUGCAAAAUCCAUUCUGCACCUCGACUUGAAGCCGGGCAAUGUUCUGCUGACAUGGGAUGCAGGGCGAAUUAUCCCUCGCGCCAUGCUCUCCGAUUUCGGCACGUCGCGCGAUAUGCUGAACGCGCCCUCCCUCGCGCGCAGCGGCAACACCGGAACUCUCGAAUACACCUCCCCCGAAUCGCUCCCCUCGCCCCAAACCGGCCUACUCGGCUCCAUCGACAGCAAGACGGACAUGUGGUCGCUCGGCAUGCUGUUGCACAAGAUCCUCUUCUUCCGGCUGCCGUACCGGUUCUCGAGCGAUGGGUCGGGCGCGGCGGCGGAUAGCAAGAUGGGCGAGGGGGAGAAGAUGGAUAGGCUGCAGGCGGAGGUGUUGGGGUAUCAGGGGUUUAAGAGCACGCCGGUGCACUCGACGGCUUUCAAGGCGAGGCGACUGCCGCGGGCGUACCUCAUUCUACUCGAGAGCCUGCUCAACCCGUCGCCGAGCGGCCGACCGAGUUGCGAGAAGGUGGUCAGCGCGGUGCGCAUGGGGCAGCUCGACCCUCUUUCAGGGCGCCCCACCCCCUCGCCCUCCCGGGAACAGAGUUCCACGCUCAUUCCCUCCUUCCGCCGCCGCUCAAGCUCAGACAGCGACAAGAGUGCGCUGUCGGUGAGCUUUGCGAACGGUGUUAACGGGCGGCAGACCCCCGUACCAAAACCGGAAGCGCACGCGCAGGAAGCAGAGGCCUCGCACGACAGUAUCAGCACGGAGAAAGGUCCGCUGCUGCAGCUGCACGGGCCUGAUCAUGACCAUGAACAUGAGGCAGAGGACGCGGAAUCGUACGCGCGACCGCCGUCGCCGUUCAAUCGGAGGGGAUGGAUCAGGAGAACGGUGCUGGGGAGGACGGUUAAGAGUGUGUUGUUGAUAGCGAAGGUCUACUCGCUCACGACGCUCUGCCCGGACCAGCCACUCGAAUGCGUGCACCCUACGGUGCUAGCGGCGGUCCUUAUACCUGCAGUGGCGGAUACGUGGUUCGAUGGACUCGGCGUGUCCGUUGUGCUGGGCCUGGUGCACACUGUCAUCGUCGGGUGGGCUUGCCGGCAGGUGAGGUGUUGUGUGUAGUGGGCGUUUGGAGGUUAAGGAUGAUGUUGGUUGUCGUCUUUGCCGGCGGUGGGAUUUACUGGAAGGCAUGCUGGACUGGGUGGGCAUUGGCACAGAUCCUACUUCGCAAUGUAAACUAUGCAAUCAUUUCAUGGUCCUCCCAUCUUCCUUCAGUCUGUUAGCGUGCGUGUAUGUCGGGAAUAAAGUACCGAUCUACGGUAAUAGUUUACGGAGCGAAGGCGAGGGCAUGAUGGAGACGAUUAGGCUGGUGCGUUCUGUGCUCGUCGAUGCAUAAAAUGGCUUUCGAAUAUGGAAGUCAAGGC